AUGGGUGCCCGAAAUGAUCAUAUCUGCUCGGCAUCAGCACUCUCUCCGAUAUGGGUGUUGUCUGCAUCUCACUGCGUUUCAGAAGAUCUAGCUCCCAGAUGCGGUGACGUGGCAAUGGCGUGUGGUGGAGACUCUGGUGGGCCGCUAAUACACCCGUCAGGUGUGAUAGGUGUGUUAUCGUCGGGUGAAAGCAGUGGAUUUUGCUUGGACCCCACACCUAAAGUACGGGCGGAACGAGUUGCCUUUAUCAUCCCCAUAAAAACGGUGGUGAACACGGAUAGACAGACGGACAAGAGAGUGAUCUUA